GAAUCCUUAAGAUAUAAAUAAACAAGAGAUCCUAUCAUUGAUUAGCAAUUAAAACUUGGUUGGCACUUAGAAUUAUAUGUUUCAUAAAUUCAAUAGUUCAUUAUUUUAUAAAUCGGUAUGCUUGGAAAAAUGGUUUCUAUUACCACAUUAGAGUCUAACAAACUAUUGAGAUGGUGAGCACCGAGAGUAUUUAAUUAUAUUUUGUUCAUAGAUAACCUCUUUUUCAAAUACACAAUGGGUGCUUAUCUUCACUUCAGGAAAUUGCUUCUGGUUUUGGUCAUGAUGUAGCUAUGCCUAGGCAUACAAGUAGAAUGUUACUGUAUUUAAUAAAAGUCGCUUUUAAAUGAAUAUACUUUUUAUUCCAGUAACUUAUAAUCUUCACUGGAACUUCCUUUUUUGAAACUGCUCUGGGGAUUUGGAAAACCACUUUCUGGGAAAUAAAUAGACUAUUAUGAGAUAAAUGAAACAUUCUCUGUAAGUUUGAUUUAUGUAAAUGCAUACUUUUCUAUAAUGCAUCAUUGCCAAUCUUAAUGAUAUUUAAUUUUGGACAUACUACUUUGUGCUACACAUUUUUUUAAAUGGCAUCCACACAACACUCCACAGUUCCAACUUGUAUUUUCAACGAUUUAGAACAACUCUCAUAUUUGAAUUUUUAUUCACUUGUUUAGACUUCGUCAUACAAUGUCCACUUCCCACUGUUCCAUUUUACUGCAAGAAAAUUGCUUUUCUAUAUUAAAAUAUUUCGAAAUGCUUGAGUAACAAUCUCGUUUUAUACAUUUAUCUCCUUCUCUUCUACUUCCCUAAUAAAUAAAAAAGAUCAAAUAUAAUGAGUGGUACACUUUCAAAAGUACCCAUCUUCCAUUUACACAAACUCCGCCUAUCGGCUUCCUGUUGCAGGCACAAAGCGUGCAACUGCUAGUUAAUACAUUUAUUUUUCAUUCACUGGGUAGUGUAAUAGGCCUUCGGCAUAAUUAAAAUUUUUUAUGCCCAAAUACAGCGCUUGUGAUGUUUGGAGGAAAGGGCGUAUUUUAAUUAUGCCUCUAUUGUGGGUAUUGGGGUUUGGGAAGCUCACAAGAAGAGGAGGGUUUAUCAGGCUUGUUUCAAAUCCUUUGGAGGUCGAUCAUUUCGUUCGUCGUACUCUCUGCAAAUAGAAACCUAAAAUCAGUGUUGAGAGAUUGAAAUCUUGACCAGGACUUGGAGAGGAUUUGGAAUAUAUUUGGAAUAAGCAGUAAGGAAAUUUUUGCGUCCAGAAUAGAGGGAAGGGAAGGGCAGAUUCAUAGCGACGCUGUUGGUCUUGCCAGGGCCGUAGAAACCUAUUCCUUCUGCUCCACAUGGUCAACGAUUGAAGCCAAAGUUCCAUUAAGGGGUGCUGCCAACCAGUCACCAUUUGUUCAAAACCAUACUAGAUGAAGGAUAAAAGAUAGUAGCCGGAAGAAAACAAUCGGGAAGAGGUUUGCAGACUCUAGAGGGCAAUGGAGCAGUCUCACAAGGCUCACAGAGGCCGCCAAUCAGGACCUUCUGUAAAGAAAAAGGAGAGAGCAGACAAGAAAAAACGUGGAGUUUCUAAUGACAAGCAUAAUCCCAAGGCAUUUGCUUUUAACUCUUCGGUAAAGGCCAAACGUCUGCAAGCUGCAGCAGCAGAGAAGGAUCAACGACGACUUCAUGUCCCCACAAUUGACCGUUCUAAUGGGGAACCAGCUCCCUAUGUAAUUGUGGUACAGGGUCCUCCGCAGGUCGGGAAGUCUCUAGUGAUAAAAUCCCUUGUAAAGCAUUACACCAAGCAGAAUCUUUCAGAUGUUCGUGGUCCAAUAACUGUUGUCUCAGGUAAACAGAGGCGACUGCAAUUUGUGGAGUGCCCAAAUGAUAUGAAUGCUAUGAUUGAUGCAGCCAAAAUUGCUGACCUUGUAUUGCUUCUCAUCGAUGGAAGUUAUGGUUUUGAAAUGGAAACAUUUGAGUUUUUGAAUGUUCUUCAAGUUCAUGGAUUUCCCAAGGUCAUGGGAGUUCUUACACAUUUGGACAAGUUUAAGGAUGUAAAGAAGCUGAGGAAGACAAAGCAACGUCUCAAACAUCGGUUUUGGACAGAGAUAUAUGAUGGUGCAAAGCUAUUCUAUCUUUCUGGUCUAAUUCAUGGAAAGUAUCCUAAGCGUGAAAUACAUAAUCUUGCAAGAUUUAUUUCUGUUGCAAAGUUUCGUCCCUUGUCAUGGAGAACUUCUCAUCCAUACAUAUUGGUGGAUCGUUUUGAGGAUGUCACUCCUCCAGAGUGUGUACAAGAAGACCAAAAAUGUGAUCGAAAUGUUACUCUUUAUGGUUACUUGCGUGGUUGCAAUCUGAAGAAGGGAACAAAGGUACAUAUUGCAGGUGUUGGGGAUUGUCAUUUGGCUGGUGUUGCUAGUUUGCCUGAUCCAUGCCCUCUGCCCUCAGCAGCAAAGAAAAAGGGACUGCGUGAAAAAGAGAAACUCUUUUAUGCACCAAUGUCAGAUCUUGGUGAUCUCCUGUACGAUAAGGAUGCUGUUUACAUAAACAUUAAUGAUCACAUGGUUCAAUUUUCCAAACAAGAGGAUGAUAAUGAAGCAACCGAAGAAAAACAAGGAAAUGCUCCUGAUGUGGGUGAAGUCCUUGUAAAAACACUUCAGAAUACAAAGUAUUCUAUCAAUGAAAAGCUGGAGCAGAGCUUUAUACAACUUUUUCGAGGAAAUCCAAGAAAAGGUGCUAAUCAUACAGAUGAGGGAGAACAGUGCAGCAGUGAAGAAGAGAAUAGUGAUAAAGAAAUAGAAAAUGAUGAUGAUGAUACAGGGAGAAGCAAUGAACUUAACCAUUCCCCAGACAAAGAAUUGUCAAAUGGAAAUGAUAGACAUGCCAUUAUCAGCGCCAAUCUUCCAGAAGAGAAGGUCACAGACAUGUCUGAUAGUGAGGGGGAGCCGCAUCUAAAAUGUAAUAUGAGAGAGGUAUCAGAAUUUCAAAAUGGAAGAAUGAGGAGAAAAGCGAUCUUUCUUGAAGAUGAGAAGGAGAGCAAUCCAAAGGAUUCUUCUGGGAGUGACAGUGAAGAUGGCUCACAAAGUGAGAAGAAUAUUUCUCCAAGUGACGAAUACAACAGUGAAGAUGAAGAACAGGAGAACUGCAUUGCAACUAGAAUAAGCAGAAUGCCUGAUUCUGAAAGAGGGCAGGGUGGAGCAUCAGAUAGAUGUGAAGGAUUAUCAGAAGAUGAAGAUAUAGAUGAUACAAGUUUGAUGGGUGAUGCUUCAAAAUGGAAAGAAAAUUUGAUUUCUCAAUCAUUUUUGAAGAAGAAAAUAAAUCUGAUGGACCUUGUGUAUGGUCAAUCUGCAUCAAUUCCCACUCCAAAGUCCUUUCAAGGACUUACAGAAGAUAGUGACAGUGAUGGUAGUGAUGAGGAGGAAGUGUUCAAGCUAAAACGGAAUUCUGAAAAGAAAAAACAUGAUAUGCAUCUCAAUGUUGAAGAUCCAAAUGCUGAUGACUGCACUAAGUCACAGGUAGACGAUUCACAGCUAAGUGAUUGGUUAAAUCAGGAUGUCAUUGAAAGCAUUCGCGACCGCUUUGUUACUGGUGACUGGUCAAAGGCUGCUCGCCGAGGUGAAGAAAUGGGUGGGAGUGAUGAGGAUGAUGAUUCUGCCUUUGGAGAUUUUGAAGAUCUGGAGACAGGAGAGAAGUACGGAGGAGAUGAUGCUAAUGAUAAUUUGGAGGACAGUAAAAAAUUGAAGUCUGCAGAAGAACAACGAAGACUGAAAAAGCUUGCACUUCGUGCCAAAUUUGAUUCUCAAUAUGAUGGAUCUGAGCCUUUGGACAAAGAAGAGGAGGAUGUGAAAAAGACCAAAUAUCACACAAGUCAAGCUGGACAAAGUGACUUCUUAGAUAAGAUUAAGGAAGAGAUAGAGCUUCGUAAGCAGAGGAAUUUAGCUGAGCUUAAUGAGAUUGAUGAGGUUACUCGUCUUGAAAUGGAGGGAUUUCAAACUGGUUCAUACUUGAGGUUGGAGGUGCAUGCUAUGCCUUUUGAGAUGGUCAAAUAUUUUAACCCCCAGCAUCCAGUCCUGGUUGGAGGGAUUGGUAGAGGGGAAGAAAGUGUGGGAUAUAUGCAGGUUCGAUUGAAGAGGCAUAGAUGGCAUAGGAAGGUAUUGAAGAAUCGGGAUCCCUUUGUAGUGUCUAUUGGUUGGAGGCGCUAUCAAACAUUGCCGGUUUACUCACUCGAGGAUAGAAAUGGGCGCCAUAGAAUGCUUAAAUACACACCAGAACACAUGCAUUGCCUUGCAACAUUCUGGGGCCCUCUUGCACCUCCCAAUACUGGGAUGGUUGCUUUUCAAAAUUUAUCUAACAAUCAGGCAUCCUUUCGGAUCACUGGAACCGGUGUUGUAUUAGAUUUUAACCAUUCGGUUCAGAUCGUUAAGAAGCUCAAACUUGUGGGGUACCCCUUCAAAAUUUUCAAAAACACGGCCUUUAUCAAAGAUAUGUUCACAUCAGCUCUAGAAGUGGCUAGGUUUGAGGGCGCUUCUGUCAGAACAGUUAGUGGAAUCCGAGGUCAAGUGAAGAAGGCUGUAAAGUCUGGACAAGGGAAGGAAGGUAGUGUGAGGUGCACUUUUGAGGACAAAAUCCUCAUGAGUGAUAUAGUUUUCUUAAGAGCAUGGACUCGAGUUGAUAUUCCUCGUUUCUUUAACCCUGUGGCAACAUCUCUUCAAUCUCGUGAUUAUGUUUGGAAAGGCAUGAAAACUGUUGCAGAACUCAGAAGAGAGCAAUCUCUUCCUAUUCCUGUUAAUAAGGAUUCUUUGUACAAGCCUAUAGAACGACAACCCAAGCAAUUCAAUGCAUUGAAAAUACCGAAGAAACUGCAACAAGCCCUUCCAUUUAAAUCGAAGCCAAAAGAUCUUCCAAAACGAAAAACCCCUAUACUUGAAAAUCGUCGUGCUGUGGUUAUGGAACCUCAUGAACGGAAAGUUCACACUCUUGUCCAACAACUGCAAACAAUAAGAAAUGAAAAGAUAAAGAAGCGUAAAUUGCAGCACCAGGAACAAAGGAAAGCAUAUGAAUUGAAAAAGGCUAAAGAUGAACAGGUCACAAAGCGACGACAACGUGAGGAACGGAGAAAACGGUACAGAGAAGAAGCAAUGCAGGAAAGACGCACAAGACAAAAAAAAGAGUAAUAACUUGUCUGUAAAUUCAGAAAAGUACACAGGUUUCAACUGUUUCUGUUGAAUUCUAUGAAGCUACAGUACCGGCAAAAAGCAUUUCAAAAGAGAGUUGGAAUUUCAUGAAUUUUAAGAAAUUUCAAACACCCAAACAGAAGUGCUGUUGUUCUUUGCGGCAGUAUCUGCCCAUGAUUGGUCAAUGGAUGUGCCAGCAACUUAACAGCCCCUGGGCAAAACCAUAGCAACUAUUUUUAGCAUGGAAUUUUUCCUGUCACCAAAUAUUUGAGCCCUAUAUAUUGGUAGAGAAGUAUGUAACGCAUUGUAGCAUUUAGUGAAAUGACCAUAUUAGCAUAUUAAUCUGA